ACCAUUGUGCCACGGAGUCGCACGGCUGCUACAACGUAAACUACCCGGUGUUCUGGCAGUCUGCGCAAGAAGCGGACGCAGCACAGCAGACAAGAAGCGUGCAGCACUAGCGGUCUGUCAGUCCGACUAUCUGCCGAAUAAACUAGGCUACACAAGAAGCGGAGCAGAUAACCACUCGGACAGAUCCACGUCCCGUCCCAGCGGUUGAAAGAACAGAAAGAAACGAGGACACCUUCACAUGUAUGAAGAGCAACACACAACACAAGGGGACUGUGGGUGCAGGUGAGGACAAGGGCAAGUCCUUCGUCCGUCAACGUCAGAAGUGUCCCGGUGCCGCCCAUCCUCAGGUCACCUCAACCACGACGGCAGCCGAACAAAUAGGCAUCUCUCGACCCAGCGUCCCUCAGACUGCCUGCCUUCACCAAGCAAAUAUUUGUGGCCGUUAUAUCUCAUUUCCCAGGUUUAACCUUCAGUGAAAAGAUCAAUGGAAAAGGAGUGAUCGCUCAGAGAGAGACAGACAGAGAGAACAAGAAAGUAAGGGGGAGGGUGACAAAUAGUAACCCUUUCAAAGUGAACUCUGCCUGCUAUUUAUGCUGCGCUGUGGGCAGGAGAACGUCCCAUUUGGGAGUGCUGUUGACCAGUGGCAACAGGAUUUCCCUGCACCCUGCCCAUUUAUCCAAAUUCCUGUGUAAAUACUGGAUAGAGAUAUCAAUUUGUCUGGGCUCCAAUAGUGCCCAGAAAGAGACUAUAAGCUAUCUAUAGAAAGCUCCACAACAAACUUGGCCUCUGUGGUCACAGAAUUGCCACCUAGUUAUUUCCUCAGUAGAGAGAUCCAGGAACUGUGAGUGAGAAUGGGAGCUGCUAUGCUUUAGUUCUAAAGCAGAAAGCUUACUGAAAAGCUCACACCAGACUAGAACUUGAAAGGUACAACAAUAGAUCCAGGGGGAACACCUUUGGCAACUAGCAGCAGGAGAAGGCAGCCAUUUUGGGGCUGCUGUUUUGAUGUCUUUACCCAGAAAGGUGGAGCACCAUGAAGCCGUUAACACCCAUAGGAUCCCCCUCACCUCUGAGGCUCCUCAACAAGGGCCCGGACUACCUGCGUAGGCAGAUGGAGGGUGGGGGCCAGGGCCGUUCCAUCAGCGCUGUAGAGAGACUCGAGGCAGACAAGGCCAAGUAUGUUAAGAGCCAGCAGGUCAUUAACACCAAACAGGAGCCCGUCCUGGUGCCUUGCACACCACCUCCUCCACACCGUCGUCCCCACACCGUGCCUGGGUGCCUCACACCACGACUGCCACCCCGCCGAUCCUCUGCUCCUUUUCCCACCCCCCUCACUGUACGAGAUGAGAACGAGAAUGAUGACUCGAGGAAGGAGAAUCGGAGGACGACGGUGGAUGUGGAAGCACGGAACAGGAGUAACGCCAACAAGGUGACCCCACCCAGCCCCAGGAACCCCUGGACUCCACCCUCCAUACCCCUGGUAGCCCCUCAUAGUGCCCCCAUCCUGAGGAGGAGCACCGGUAAGCGCAUGCUGCGGCCUGACUCCCUGGUCAUCUACCGGCAGAAGAAAGAGUGCAAAAUCCUGCCUAGUGGUGGCAUCGUAUUGGGGAACUCCAACAUGGAGAUAAAGGGGUACAACUUUGUCCGCCGCCUCUUCCAGGGCUCCAUGCGGGAGAAGAGUGGUGGGGGCGAGGGGGGCACCCAGAAGAUGGUGAUCAGCGAGGAGAAAGCUUUGUCGCGGGAUGGUGACUCACGCAUGUCUUGGACCAAUGAUAAGGACACCGUGGACGGGGGACAGGUAGGGCCAGGCAGCCGGAGAUCCAGUAAGACAGACCACGAGCGCUCACCACUUCCCAGCCCUGGCUUCAGCUAUACAUCGGAGCGGACUAAGAAUGGUGUUAGCUGUGUUAGCAAUGGCACUACCAAUGGUACCAGAAACGGCAAUGGAAUCACCAAGGGCAAUGACGUAAGUGACCACACUGACAACGAGGCGGACAUCUGGAAGCGGGUGCCGCCGCCCCCGCGGUGGCGUUCAGGACUACAACGCUCCAAGUCAGAUCUGCUUCUGCGAUGCUCAGUGGCGUUGUCUGACCAGGAGCAUUUCUUUGACUACUGCGGGCUGGACCUGGACAUGGUGGACCGGCUGGGGCCUGAGAACUUCCUGGGUGGGAUCAGCGACGUAGACACACUCUCAUUGGUGCUGAGGAGCAUAGGGGGAGGGGGCGGUGGCUCGGAGCCCAGCGAGUUCUCCCGCCACUCAGGAGAGGCGGGGCUUUUCCAGGAGGAGGUGGCCGAGAAGCUGACCACGGGGGUGUCAAUCAUCGAGAGGAAUGCCCGUGUCAUCAAGUGGCUCUACAGCUGCAAGAACGCAGCACAGGAGGGGCCCAAAGAGUCCACUGUUUAGACACCACUUCUCUAAAAGAAGACAUGUUCCCCUAUGACUGAAGGACAGAGACUUUGUUAUUGUACUGUAAUCCUUAGUCUUCUCCCAGGUUGAUAUGCUGUAUUUAUAUGUCCUAUGGGAAGUGUGAGGGGUGUGGAUGGCCUACACCUUAUUUUCAAGUGGAAUCAUUUACCCCUGCAUACGUUUUGUCAGUGAGUGUGUGAUUGUGUUGGAUAUGGCUGUCCCACCCACUCCCUAUCCUAACCAAUAGGUAUUGUCGGAUCUAUAGUGACUGACAGCCUCCCCUAAGCUCCGCUCUGACUCUACAACCAACAAUAAGGCGCAUCAGUGAGAAAACAACAGGCAGAGAUGAGGCUGUAUUUAGUGCCGUGGACGAGCAACAACACAACCCUACACUCUUCUCUCGAACAUAUCAAUAAUUUAGAAUGGAAAACCACAGAGGGUUUUUUUCUGAACUGGAGUGAACUGUGAGUACCUCAUUCCGAACUGUGCCAGUUUAGUUUGUGUGUAGCUUUUCUUUCUUUUUUCUUCUUAAAACGCAGGCGUUGGAACAGGCACGCGAGGGACCCCUGUGGGGUUGUUAAUGCACUGAACUGGACGAGAAGUGUGAGAGAGACAGGCAAAGAGUGAGAG